UUGCCACUUGGCAAUUUAGCCAUAGCUUGUGCUGUUUUCUUUAGUAGUCUUUGCCCAGCAAAGGCUCUAAGGAGCUAUUCAACUAUGAACAUGUACAAUAUAAGCAUGUCAACAUUUCAUAAACUCCAGAGAAGCUACAUAGUCCCAGCUAUUUCAAGGGUGUGGUCAAAACACCAAACUCAGCUAUUAGCUGAUAGGAAAGAGAAAUCUGUACGUCUGGCAGGGGAUGCAAGGUGUUGCUCACCUGGACAUACAGCUAAGUAUGGAAGCUAUACAUUGAUCGAUGUGGACACACAUCAAGUUUUGGACAUCCAGUUGGUGCAGUCAAAUGAAGUGGCCAAUUCGAAUGCCAUGGAACUUGAAGGAUUGAAAAGGGGCCUUGCACAUCUUGAGAAUGCCAGAGUAAAUGUUUCAGACAUAAUAACAGACCGACACAUUCAAGUAAAAGCUUAUAUAAAGAGGGAGAAAGGUGGCAUUAAACAUUGGUUUGAUGUAUGGCAUGUUGCUAAAGGUAUUUACAAGAAACUUCAAAAUGUAAGCAAGAAGAAAGGCCUGGAAAUAAUCAGCCUCCAUGGCAAUGCUGAGGAGGUGCUUGGCUAA